AUGGGUCAUUUGAGGGAUAUGUUCAGCUUCGAUCGUCGUCGUGCGCGGCACCGCGUCGCAGUAGAGCGCCGCAGACUCCUCCCAUCAUACAUUGCUGAUGAGCCACAGUCGUCUGAUUCUUCCAAGGAGAUUGCUAAAAUCGCACUGCGAUUGAAAUACCAAAUUGAGCAGGUCGUUUGCUGCGAGGUCGAGGAGAAUAUCCUGACCGACCCAAACAGCCGCCUUAUCACGCAGGAUGUUAUUGAGACUGCCAAGCGAGCUGGUGGUGAGGACUACAAGGCUUGUAUUGUCUACUGUCUGCUUGUUUGUUUGAGAUGGUUCCAGGUUCAGGCUUCGGUCGAGCUGUGGGAUGCUGAUCUCCAUGAAGUCCGAGCUGUGGCCUGUGAAGUCAUCGCCAAGCGCAUUAUUGAAUCUGAACAAGAUCAGGACUAUCUGCUGAAGAAUAUUCUACUCAAGCGCUACUCUAUUUUUGCCGAGGGUGUUGAAAGUGACCCUGUCAAUGUGAUUGAGCGCUCGGUGGAUCUCCAUGCGCUGAGAAUCAUCGGUUCCGCUGGAUACCAAAAAUGCAUACAAUUCCUAUGGUGUGGCUGGAUCUGUCAGGAAGAAGGCAAUCCAACGAACUUCGUGGAGUACGAACAGAAAGCCAAUGCUAGCUACUGGGUUCACUUCCACCCGGAUCGCAUGCGAACUCCUCUUUACCAGAACAUUUGUCAGAUCGUCUUCUCCCUAAUCUAUCUGGCUGUUUACACUGCCGUGAUCAACACUGUCAACCCAACUGGUGAUCUUGACGUGGCUGAGGGUGUUCUGUAUGGUAUGACGCUUGCAUUCCUUUGUGAUGAAAUUGUCAAGUUCUGGAAAGUCGGGUGGAAUUACCUUGAGUUCUGGAAUGCCUUUAAUUCAACGCUUUACGGUCUCCUCGUCAUUUCCUUGGUCUUGCGUUUUGUUGCAUUGGCCCAUUCGCCUUCAAACAGCGAUACAGAGCGGCAAAUGUACAACGGAUUGAGCUACAAUUUCCUAGCCUUUGCCGGACCCAUGUUUUGGAUGCGCAUGAUGCUUUAUUUGGACUCUUUCAAAUUCUUUGGAGCCAUGUUCGUCGUCCUUCGGGUCAUGAUGAAGGAGAGUUUGAUUUUUUUUGCACUCCUAUUUGUGGUUCUGGCUGGUUUCUUCCAGGCAUUCAUUGGCAUGGCACAGGUCGAUGAUGAUAUACCCGUCACUCGGCUUAUCAUUCAAGGCAUGGCAAACACUAUCAUGCAGAGCCCUGAGUUUGAUACUUUCCAAGACUUUGCAUAUCCUUUUGGAAUCAUUCUCUACUAUGUGUUCAGUUUUGUGAUCAUGAUCGUUCUCUUGAACAUUUUGAUUGCGCUUUACAACAGUGCCUAUGAGGAUAUCUCUGGGAACGCUAACGAUGAGUACAUGGCAAUCUUUGCUCAGAAGACGAUGCAAUUCGUCCGUGCCCCUGACGAGAAUGUCUUCAUUCCGCCCUUUAAUCUGAUUGAGAUUUUGCUUGUGAGCGCCCCAUUCGAAUGGUGGAUGUCGAAGAAGCAUUAUGCGAAGCUUAACGACAUUAUCAUGGGUGUGAUUUACUCGCCUAUUCUGGUGUUGACAGCCUGGAUUGAGACUCACCAAGCGGAGCAAAUUCGAUGGAAUAGGCGUCAUGGAGAGGAAGACGAAGAAGAUCAACAAGAGUGGGAAUUGGUAGCUGAGGAUGUGGACUUUGAGUUGGAUGAUUCCUGGAAGCAAGAAGUCAAGCAGAGUACCCCUGACAUCAAGGUGGAUAACUGCACGCUGGAGGUUAAGCAGUUACGAGUGCAGGUGGAAGCGUUGACUGAACUGGUGAAGCAAUUGAGCAAUGACCCCCAGAUUCAACAUGCGUCCCUGCACAAUCCUCUUCCGACGCAAUUCCAUCCCUAUGUCCUGCCUUUUCUGAUCAUUUGGCCUGUCUUCUUCGCCUUCUACCUGUCCGAGGAGCGCUAUGACACUUAUAUCCAGGGUCAGGAGUGGACCUUCGUUUGGGCGGGGUCCAUCAUCACGCUCCAGUCCCUAUUGUGGCUGAUGACCAAGUGGAACAUUAACAUCAAAACGCUUUUCACCACUAUCAGGGCCAAGUCCAUUGAUACCGCUCGUCUGAUUAAGGUUAUCCCAGUCACCAAUGCUGGAAUUGCCGAAAUCUGCACUCUGAUCCACGACAACUCUGGUGGCAAGAAGACCAUUUCAUUCUUGUUCCAGAAGCGCCGCUUCCUCUACUACCCCGAACGUCGCACCUUUGCGCCUCUUUCCUACGCCCUCGAUGCGGAACCCAAGCCUGCUCUCAAGCACUUCCAGCAGAGCAAGGGUCUCACCACCAAAGCGGAGGUCGAUGACAUCCAAGAGCACUAUGGAGAUAAUACUUUCGACAUCCCCGUUCCUGGAUUCGUCGAGCUCUUCCAGGAGCAUGCUGUCGCGCCAUUCUUCGUCUUCCAGGUCUUCUGUGUGGGUUUGUGGAUGCUGGACGAAUACUGGUACUACUCGCUGUUCACUCUCUUCAUGCUUGUUAUGUUCGAGAGCACUGUCGUUUGGCAGCGCCAAAGAACUCUCAAUGAAUUCCGUGGAAUGAGCAUCAAGCCAUACGACGUCUGGGUCUUCCGUGAGAAGAAAUGGCAAGAAACCACUAGCGACAAGCUUCUUCCCGGCGACCUCAUGUCCGUCAAUCGGACCAAGGAGGAUGGCGGUGUCGCUUGCGAUAUUCUCCUCGUCGAGGGCAGCGUGAUUGUGAACGAGGCAAUGCUUUCCGGUGAGAGUACCCCUCUGCUCAAGGACUCAGUUCAACUCCGCCCUGGUGAUGACUUGAUUGAACCCGAGGGCUUGGAUAAGAACUCGUUUGUGCACGGUGGAACCAAGGUUCUUCAGGUUACUCACCCCAAUAUCAAUGGUGAAGAGACCCUGACGAAUCUGGCCAAUGGUAUCACGAUGCCACCGGACAACGGUGCUCUCGGCGUGGUCGUGAAGACCGGAUUUGAGACCAGCCAGGGAAGCCUUGUGCGCACUAUGAUCUACUCUACUGAGCGUGUCUCUGCCAACAAUGCCGAGGCUUUGUUGUUCAUUCUCUUCCUGCUGAUUUUCGCGAUUGCCGCCUCUUGGUACGUGUGGCAGGAGGGUGUCACCAAGGACCGCAAGCGAUCCAAGCUCCUCCUGGACUGUGUCCUCAUUGUCACCAGCGUUGUGCCUCCGGAGCUGCCCAUGGAGCUGAGCUUGGCUGUUAACACUAGUCUGGCUGCUUUGAGCAAGUUUGCUAUUUUUUGCACCGAGCCUUUCCGUAUUCCAUUUGCUGGUCGUGUUGAUAUUGCUUGUUUCGAUAAGACCGGCACCCUGACUGGUGAGGAUCUCGUCGUUGACGGAAUCGCUGGCCUCACUCUUGGUCAGUCUGAUGCCAAGAUUGAAGCCGAUGGCGCCCAUGCCGAUCUGGCAAAGGUCGAGGAUGUUAACCCCGCUACUACUCUCGUUCUUGCUAGUGCCCACGCCUUGGUGAAAUUGGACGAGGGUGAGGUCGUUGGUGACCCCAUGGAGAAGGCCACUUUGCAGUGGCUUGGCUGGGGCCUGGGUAAGAAUGAUACUCUCAUGCCCAAGGGAACCGCACCUAAGGUCGCCUCCCGCCCUGUCGAGUCCGUUCAUAUCAAGAGAAGAUUCCAAUUCUCCUCUGCCUUGAAACGCCAAAGUACCAUCGCUACCGUCACUACCAAUGAUCCCAAGACCUCCAAGAAGAGCAAGGCUACUUUUGUUGGUGUCAAGGGUGCUCCCGAGACUAUCAAUUCCAUGCUGGUUAACACCCCUCCUAACUACGAGGAGACUUACAAGUACUUCACUCGUAAUGGUGCUCGUGUCCUUGCUCUCGCCUACAAGUAUCUCUCUUCGGAAUCUGAGCUUUCUCAGGGCCGCGUGAACAAUUAUGUUCGGGAGGAGAUCGAGUCUGAGCUGAUCUUUGCCGGUUUCCUUGUUUUGCAAUGUCCUCUCAAGGAUGACGCUAUCAAGUCCGUCCGUAUGUUGAACGAGAGCAGCCACCGGGUUGUCAUGAUUACCGGAGAUAACCCGUUGACUGCCUGCCAUGUCGCACGACAGGUUGAGAUCGUCGAUCGUGAGGUUCUCAUCCUCGAUGCUCCCGAACAUGACACCUCUGGAACCAAGAUUGUUUGGCGUACUAUUGACGACAAGCUCAACACUGAAGUUGAUCCCACCAAGCCUCUGGACCCAGAGAUCUUGAAGAACAAGGAUAUCUGUAUCACUGGUUACGCACUGGCAAAAUUCAAGGACCAAAAGGCUCUUCCGGAUCUUCUGCGUCACACCUGGGUUUACGCUCGCGUGUCUCCUAAGCAAAAGGAGGACAUUCUGCUUGGUCUUAAGGAUGCUGGUUACACUACCUUGAUGUGUGGUGACGGUACAAACGACGUGGGUGCCCUGAAGCAAGCCCACGUUGGUGUUGCCCUUCUGAAUGGCUCCCAAGAGGACUUGACCCGGAUUGCUGAACACUACCGCACCAGCAAGAUGAAGGAGCUAUACGAGAAACAGGUUAGCAUGAUGCAGAGAUUCAACCAGCCUCCUCCCCCAGUCCCUGUGCACAUUGCCCACCUCUACCCCCCUGGCCCCGGCAACCCCCACUAUGAGAAGGCUAUGGAGAGAGAGAUGUCAAAGAAGGGUGCUGUUGCCAAGCCCGGCGAGCCCAUUCCCACUAUCACUUCUCCUGGUGCCCAAGCUCUUCAGCAGAACAUGACUCCCCAGCAACAGCGACAGAAUCAAGCCCAAGCUGCUGCUGCCGGUCUUGCUGACAAGCUCACCUCGUCUAUGCUGGAACAAGAGUUGGAUGACAGCGAGCCGCCCACUAUCAAGUUGGGUGACGCUUCUGUUGCUGCGCCAUUCACCAGCAAGUUGGCCAACGUUAUUGCGAUCCCGAACAUUCUUCGCCAGGGCCGUUGCACUCUGGUUGCGACAAUCCAAAUGUACAAAAUUCUUGCAUUGAACUGUUUGAUUAGUGCGUACAGUUUGAGUGUUAUUUACUUGGAAGGUAUCAAAUUCGGCGACGGUCAGGUUACUAUCAGUGGUAUGCUGAUGAGCGUCUGCUUCCUGUCCAUUUCCCGCGCAAAGUCUGUGGAGGGCUUAUCUAAGGAGCGCCCGCAGCCGAACAUCUUCAACGUGUACAUCAUUGGAUCCGUUCUUGGUCAAUUCGCCAUUCACAUUGUGACUUUGAUCUACCUCUCCAACUACGUUUACAAGGUUGAGCCGAGAGCAAGCGACAUUGACCUGGAGGGCGAGUUUGAGCCGUCUCUUCUGAACAGCGCCAUUUACCUGCUCCAACUGAUCCAGCAAAUCUCCACAUUCUCAAUCAACUACCAGGGUCGUCCGUUCCGCGAGUCCAUCCGCGAGAACAAGGCCAUGUACUGGGGUCUUGUUGCAGCCUCGGCUGUUGCUUUCUCCUGUGCCACCGAGUUUGUUCCCGAGAUCAACGAGAAGCUGCGCUUGGUUCCCUUCAGCAACGAGUUCAAGAUGACCCUGACUGUGUUGAUGAUCUUCGACUAUGCCGGUUGCUACGUGAUCGAGAAUGUGCUCAAGCACUUCUUCAGUGAUUUCCGUCCUAAGGAUAUUGCUGUUCGUCGUCCUGAUCAGUUGAAGCGCGAGGAGGAGCGCAAGGCUAAGGAGGAGGCUGAGGCCGAGGCCUUGAAAGAGCAGCAGAGAACCGCUUAA